GUGCAUAACAUGGUCAUAGUUUUGAGGUUGGGGAUUGGGGUCGGUUUCUUUUGUAUCCCUGUGUCUUGCAUUACCCCAGAUUCAUUCAACUUGAUCCUAUUGAUUCCUUGUAGAAACUGCAGACUUAUAUAUUUCGCUUUUUCUUUCUUUCCUGCUGAAUCUUGCCUCAUUAUAAGGCCCCAAACUACUCUGUAAUUUACUUCGCCUUUCAUUUCCUCAAUUACACAUUCUUAUUUCAUUGACAGUUGCAUUAUUCUUAACUUAAUCACCGGUAUUGACGCUCUCCUGUGUAAAUUUGAGUAAAAAAAUAUCUUUCCUCAAUUCUCUGGCUGUGAGCAAUAAUAAAGCUUCAAUGAAUAAUAUUGACCAAAACUUGGAGUUGCUACAAGCCUCGUCUUCCAACGCACGUGGGGCUAAUACAACCCAAGGCCAAGGUUUGAGUGGUAAAGUGCCUAAAGCUGACUUACCCUCAGUAACAUCAGAUACUGGAGAAUCUACAUCUGCCCCAACAAUGAAACAGCUCCCUAGACCUUCCAGCACAGCUCGAGGGAAUGUUGCAGCCUUUUUAACGAAACUUUACAAAAUGGUUAGCGAUGAGGCAUCAAACGACUUGAUCAAGUGGUCUGAUGACGGACAGUCUUUUAUUGUACUCAAGCAUGUGGAUUUUGCGAACGAAUUGUUACCAAAAUUCUUCAAACAUAAUAAGCUUCCAUCGUUUGUCCGGCAGCUUAACAUGUAUGGGUUUCAUAAAGUACCCCAUCUACAGCAAGGUGUUCUUCUUCCGGACUCAAGCUCAGAGCAAUUGGAGUUUAGCAACCCUCAUUUUCAGAAGAAUCAGCCCGAUCUGCUUUGCUUAGUCUCGCGUAAAAAAGCUUCAAACGGGAACGAAGAUAAGGAUGCUCUUACAUUGGAUCUUUCACAUAUACUACAAGAAGUUUCAGCCAUCAAAAAACACCAGCAAGCCAUCUCAGCAGAUCUUAAGAAAAUCGAGAGGGACCAUCUAUCGCUUUGGCAAGAGUCUAUAUCUGCAAGAGAAAGACAUCGGUGUCAACAGGAGACGAUUGACAAAAUCCUACGAUUUUUGGCCAGUGUGUUUUCAGGAGAUAACAAGAGAUCAAUUGUUCCUAAUAAGAAACCUAGAUUGGCGAUUAUUGAAGGAGACCAGGACGACACUUUCGGCGGCGAUGUUAGUAGUGAAAAUAGCGAAGACCAUGGAGAAUAUGAUGAGAUAGCAAAGACAUUAGGUGUCAAACGCAAGCGUGCAUCAACGACGGAGCAAGACACAAGCCCUGCUCCAUCAUCAACCAGUAUGAGUUCGGCCCCCAGUUUAAAUGAAGUAACUCCUGCAACAUUAGCUUUACUUGCCGAUAUGAGCCAAACUCCUCCUGUGUCAUCCAUUUCCAGUUCGACUUUGGCGUCCAUAUCGACCUCUAGUCCGGAGACUACCACUUCAAAACCUAAAUCUUUAAAUAAAACAGAGCCGGUAACGCCUGAUACCACUGUAAGUCUGCCAGAUUACCCUACUAGUCAACCUUUUAAGUUCGAUCCCUCAAGUCUGAAGAUCCCAGCUGGACCUCUUCCAAAUGAGAUCAAUCCUGCACAGCAAGACUUACUUCGAUCAAUAUCAAUGGCAAAUGCAAGGGAAGCAACCAUGACUCCUUUACCCCAAUCCUUUACUCAAACACCCGCAGGAGCUAAUGUUGUAAGAGAUAUUGAAAGGAUUGCAAAGGAAAUGGAACAGUUGCAGCGCAGUAUCGAGGCUCUCGAAGCCCACGGAUUGGAUAUGAAUGAUUUUAACUUUGACAGUGAUUACCUGAAUAACCCUGAAUUCGUCUCCGCUGCGUACGGAGACCUGAGUAAUAUUAGUGAAAGCGGUAUCCCACAUCAAGUCCCAAUAGGAAAUGAAAAUGGUAUCAUGAAUGAGUUAAUCCAUUCGAACCAAGACGACCUAGACUUUAUCACACCAGCAUUUGAUCACCAGCAUCUCUCAUCGGAGCAGACCAUGCCCACGCCUAACACAGUUGAUGCCGACUCAUUAAAAGCACCACCCACAUCGAAUCUUACAUCAUUUGCUGUCUCAGCUGCAACUUCUCCUCUAUCCUCUGCUUAUCCUGUUUCUGAAAAAUUGUCUACGGCUGUUACGAAGCCUUAAUUAGCCUGCGGAAUUUAGAUGAUAUAUUACGUUUAGAUGUAACACUGCAUAGAAUACAUUUUUCUCUUUUCUGCUUCCCAUUAAAGGCAUAUGUACUGG